AUGAGUAGAAAAGAAAUCAGGUUAGAGUUUUUGCGUAGAGAUUUACAAAAAAAAGAAGCAGAAAGAGCCAAAUUAGAUAAAGAAUGUGGAAAAAUAAGAGACGAAGUUAGAGAAUUGCAAAAUGAACUGUUGGAAGAAAAAAUAACAAAAACUUUAUAUUUAAGCCGUAUGACAAAAACAAAAAAAAUUAUUCUUCUCGGUUAUCAAGGAGUAGAAAAAACCACUUUUUACCAAAAAUUAGUCAAAAAUUAUGCUUCAAAACAAGUGCCAGCAGCAAAAAUUAGUUCCGGAGUUAAUUACACCGAGUAUCUUAUUCAAUUUAAAAGUAAUUAUUAUUUUCUUAUUGACGUACCUACUUUUAUACCUCGUCCACAAACUGAAAUUGAAAAAGCCAUUCAAAAACAUAUUGAAGAACUGCUUAAGGAAACAGAACAAAAAGAAUAUCAGAUUUCUCUUUUCCAAAGGUUGGGACAAAAUUACCUUUAUCCUUUUUCAGCACCAAACAUCGCUAAUUUGGAAAAAGUAAUGGAAAAAAUUAUUAGUUUUGUCCCUAGUCCAGAAUUGCCACACGCAGAAAAAGAUAAUAAAAUCAAACUAACUAUUUUUGGUCCCCCAAAUUCGGGAAAAUCUACUUUGUUAAAUUAUUUGCUUAAAAAAAAUCGUUCUUUGGUUAGCCCGGUAGCAGGCACUACCCAAGAACCAGUAAAAGAUUAUUGA